AUGCUUAUUAUUCAACUUCUUCUACCAAUUCUACAAAUAACUUUAUUUUGUUUAUGUGUUGGACGAAAAUUAACUGAUAUUCCAAUAGGAUUUAUUUCACGUGAAACUGUUCGAUCGACUUCUUCGAAUGGAUUAAUAUUUAAUAAAAUUGAUAAAAAUGUUAUUAAUCUAAUUGAAUAUAAAUCGAUAAAUGAAGCUCAAGAUUUAUUUCAUUCGGGAUAUUUAUUCGGAAUUAUGGAUAUUGGUGCAAAUUUUACUCGAGAGCUUUUCGAAAAAAUAUAUUCUUGUUCAUUUUCUGACGUAAAUAAAUAUACAGAUUCUCAAGUGAUAAUAUAUUUAGAUCAAACAAAUCGACAAAUGGUUUAUACAAUUGCUGAAGAAUUUAUUCGAGUUUUUAAAAGUAUUGAUAUAGAUUUUAAUCUGGGAUUUUUUACAUCGACUUCAUCAAAUCAAUCAUUAUUUAAAUUAGAACAAUUUCAAAAUCAUCUACCAGAAAUUGAAUAUACUUUUACACAUUUUAUGAUACCUGGUGUCGUUCUUUCUGUUAUUUUUUUCUUUAAUGUUGCUCUUACUGCUCUUUCACUUGUCACUGAACAAAGUGAUGGAACACAAGAACGUGUAUGGAUAACAGGGGUGAAAUCUAAUCAAAUUAUUCUUAGUCAAAUGAUAAUACAUUUGCUGAUACUUCUUAUUCAAAUAGUAAUUGUUUUAUUUACUUCAUUAUAUAUUUUCGAGAUUCCAUUAAGAGGUAGUUUAUUAUAUACAUCAUUAAUUUGCAUGAUACAAGGUUUUUGUGGUAUGACAUUUGGGUUAGUUAUUUCAACAAUUUUCACAACAGAAAUCAAUGCUCAUCAAAUUACAAUGUCUAUUUUCUAUCCUGUAUUACUUCUAAGCGGUAUUGUAUGGCCACUCGAAGGACAACCGAUAUGGCUGCGAACCAUAUCAAAAUGGUUACCAAUGACAAAAGCUAUUGAUGCUAUGCGUGGCAUACUUUUAAAAGGAUGGUGUAUUAAACAUUUAAUUGUACAACAAGCGUUUAUGGUUACAUUUAUUUGGUCUAUGGGUUUUCUCAUCUUAGCACUUAUUAUUUUUAAUUGUCGUCGUUUAUAA